AAAAAUAAAAAACGACCAGCUCCUGGUACUUAUUGUUUCUGUCUUACCGGAUGCCAAAAGUCAGGGACCGUUGGGUGAAAAUCGCCUGGCGCCCACUUACGGGAAGGCUUGAUUAUCUCUUUUCACUCCUUGUCAUAGGAAAAAUGUGAUGAACUCGUAAGGAAAUCAAAGCUGGCAAACGAAGUUGCUAAAUACGAAGGAGAGAAGGACCAGCUGAUAAAGGGCAUGAAGAGUGUGGAAGACCAGCUUGAAAACAUCUUCCCAGGAUCAGUUGAUGAAUUAAGAAAGAUCUACAGCACUCAUCAGAGUAAGAUUACUGAGAAAGAACAUCAACUUCAAGAGAAUGAGGGUAAGAGGAGGAUACUUCAGGAGUCAGCGCAGAGCACAACAAGUGAGAAAACCGAGCUACUCGUCAUACAAGGAGUCCUUCAACAAGCAGCUCGGGAACAACAAGAGACGAUCCGUCAACGAGACCGUAGAAUGCGUGGCCUAGCGAACCAGCUUCAUCUCCUUGGUUACAGUAAGACUGGAGAGUUUACCUCCAGCAGGGCGGGUGAUUUCAUGGAGAAGUCAAAGGAAUGGAUGGAGGCUCAGAGAGGGGAAGCAGAGAGGAUCAAGAAGCAGCAUGAAGAUAGAGAGAAGGGGGUUGAUAAACAGUCACAGGAUCUCAGAGCUACCUACACAGGUCUAGAGACAACCAUUAAGAUGAAGACGGCUACCAUUAAUGAUAAUUCUUCUAAGCUCCAAGAGAUCAAGGGAGAGCUAAGCACGAUGGGAGAGAGUUCACAGAGACUCAAGGAGCUUGAGAAGGAGAAGAAAGGAGCUGAGAGUGAGCUUAAUCAGUUAGAGGGCAGUCUCAAUGUUGAUGACGUCAAACAAGAGAUUGAUUCUUUACAGAGAGAAGCAAAGCAGUAUGAUAAGAGGAUGUCUGAUCUCACGAAUGAGUUGACAACCAUCUCAUCUCAGUCACAAGCGAGAGCUAAACUUGAGAUGAUGCAGAAAGAGAAGAAUACCAAAGAAAAUGAGACAAGAAACCUGAGAGGAAAGCGCGAGGAAGAAAUGUUGCAUCUUCUUCAAGUUGAUCACUUUCCUACAGAGAACAUUGGAACCAAGCUCUCCAAAUACAUUGAUGAGAAGACAGAAGAGGUGAAGAGAUGUAAUAAUAAACUUAAUCAUGCUGGGAGGGAUCUCUCAGCUAAGCAGGCCAACAAGAAAACAAUCAUGGACCAAUUGAAGAAGAAAGAAGAUGAACUGAGAAGCAACACAGAUCAGCUGAUGUCAGCUUGUGGAAGUGAAGAUAUCGAUGAAUCUAUUAAAAAAAUCACUCAAUCUAUCAACAGUCUUCAGAAUGAGCAUGGUGCAUUGACAGGUAGCAAGCAUCUGUUUGAUCGAUACAUCCAAUCUUUGCAACGAACUGAUGCACUCUGUCCUCUCUGUCACCGUGGCUUUGAUUCAGGAGUAGAGGUCCAGGAACUCGUUCAAGAGCUGCAAGAUGAACUUCGCCUGGCUCCAAGCAAGCUAGUAGAAAAGGAACGUUCCAUUACGCAGCAGAAGGAACAAUCUGAUCGUCUGUGGGUACUCAGACCAAUUAAGGAUGCUGUGAAGAAGUUGUCAGAGCGAGAGAUCCCAGACCUCAAGCUGGAGCUAUCUGCUGUCAAUGCUGAUAUUGAAAAGCUCAAUGCAACCAUUAGUAAGGCUGAAGAUAACGUCAGUAUGUUGCAGGUGGAUGAAGCGAUGGCGAGGGAUAUGAAACCUGAUAUCCAGAUACUGGAGAAGACCCUCACAGACCUCCGAGACCUAGAUCACAAGAUUGGAGAACAGGCCAAGUACUUCUCAGGAUCUGAUAUAAGCAGAACUCUUCAACAAGUCAACACUGAGACAGAAGAAGUCAAGAUCAAAUUGAAUACAGUGAGGAGUACCCUAGAUUUCAAGCAACGUCAGAGACAGGAACAUGUUGAUAAUGUAAACAAGAUGAGAAUCAGCAUCAAUAGCAUCACCAGUGAGACACUUCAUCUAUCUGCUAAGCUUCAGAAGAGAGAGAGACUAGAGAGUGAGCAAGCAGAACUGAGUACAAACAGCAGAACGUUCCAAAGAGAAAUAGAGAAUUCCAGACAAGAACAGAAACCGAUCAAGGACAAGCUUCAGAAGCUAGAUCAAGAUAAAGCAGCUAUCAUUCAGAAGAAAGAGAGGGAAAUCAAAGCAAUCAGAGAGAAGAUUGAUGAGGUCCAGCAGCAGCUGAGAGAUAUCCGUGCAGGGACUUCACACAUUGCAAAGUAUGUGACGGAUGGGAAGGAGUCUAAAUUGGAUGAUGUAGAAAAGAAGAUUAUUGUCCUUAAUGAGAAGUUGACUAAAUUGGGUGAGGAUCUAAGUCCAAUCGAAGCUACCAUUAAACAACUCACAGAUGAAAUCAGUAAUCAGAAGGUGAAAGAGAUGGAGUUACGGAAUAACAUGCUCCUCUUCAAGUACCGUCAAGAUGUUGAGAAGAAGAGCGGUGAGAUAGAGAAGCUUCAGGAGCAACUAGGUGGUUAUAAUCCCAUCACAAUUGAGAGAGAGAAGACAGAAAUGGAGGGAAAGAAAGCUGGUCUUAAUAAAGAGAAAAAUCAGCUUGAUGGGAGAUCUACCGAGUUGAGGGAGGCGGUCACUAAACAAGAGAAGGAGCUAGAGAGUGACAAGUACAAGAAUGCUGAGAAGAACUACAAUGAUAUGAUGAUUAAAUGUAGGACAACAGAGGUUGCCAACGAGGAUUUGGACAAAUACUACAAUGCUCUAAAUAGUGCUAUCAACACUUAUCACAUACAGAAGAUGUUAAAGAUCAACAAGAUUUUACAAGAUCUCUGGCGCAACACAUACAAGGGAAGCGAUAUUGACUAUAUUGAGAUACGCGCUGAUGAUGAGACGGGAGCAUCUACCACUCAAAGGAGGCAGUACAAUUACAGGGUUGUCAUGAUGAAAGGAGACGAAAUUCUGGAUAUGAGAGGAAGAUGCAGUGCAGGUCAAAAGGUGCUCGCUUCUCUCUUGAUACGGCUUGCCCUAGCAGAGACGUUCUGUUUGAGUUGUGGAAUCUUGGCGCUAGAUGACCCCACUGCAAACCUUGAUAGAGACAACGUUGAGAGCUUGGCACAUGCACUUGUAGACAUCUUAAAGAGUCAAGAGAACCAAAGGAACUUCCAGCUGCUGAUCAUCACUCACGAUGAAGAGUUUGUUGAACUGCUUGGUCACUCGGACUAUACCGAUAACUACUAUCGAGUCACCAAUAAUGCAGAUUACAGGUCCACUAUUGUGAAGUAUGACAUCGCCACUCUACAACCAACAGAGCCGGUUUAGCUACUUGACCCAACAAUAUAUUGAAAAUCAAGUUUGAUUUUCUGCUUGCAAGUAAAUACUUCUAUAUAGUGUGGCUUCCUGUGAUAUUGAAAGAAUGAACCUUGAUACAGAUUAGUAAAUGAUAUAGUCCAAUACCAGAAAAAUGAAAAUGUAUGAUGUAAAAAGAAAAAAAAGAUGCAGAAACCAAUAAACCAACCAAUAAAUAAAUAAGAACAAAGAAUUUCUGGUUUUAGACUGAAUAAAAUAACUUUCCAUUGUAACAUCCUUUUUGAAUGCAAAAUCUAAGUAGAUUAUAAGAUAAGAUCUCUUCAUUAGGCUGUAAGAGCAUUUGUGGGAAGUUUCAUGCAAAUUAUUGGUAGUGGGGUAUACAGCAUCUAGAAAACGGUUGAUUUAGAUCAUUCUGGGCUCUAUAAGGGGUAAGAAAGAAAUACCUUUUCAAGAUAACUUGGAAGAAGCUUUGUUGAAUGUCAAGUAGUGCGCUUAGUGUGAUAGACUUAUGCUCCUCGAAGGGGCUGUGAGGUUUGUGAAAAUGUCGAAGAAACAGUAAUAAAUAUAAUGAGCAUGACUAAAGCGAAUGGAACUCUGUACGGAAAAAAAUUUCAUUCAGCUCUCACCCUACUAGGUACGGUAAGCAUGUUAUGACGACCUUAUGUGGAAGAGAUACAGCCAAACUGCUUCUACAUGUAUGUUCUGAAAUAUGCACUAAUUUAUGGUUCAUGAGAAAUGAGGCCAAAUUAGUGAAACAAUAUUCUUCCAUUAGAAAUGGUAUUUUCAUGUAUUAUGUAUCUUUUGAUCAUCUAGAAAUAGAGUGAGGAGACUGUACCUGAUAGUCUUCUACCAUUGGAUGGUAAUCUUUGAUUAAUCCCUCUUAGAGGUCCUGUACCUGUCUUACAAACAGAUGUGGUUGAUAGAAAUUGAUAGUAACUCGAUAUUAAGCGCACUUAUGUGCUAAAGGGAUUAGAUAUUUUGUAAUUUUGUUUAUUGCUUGUAGGACUUGCAGUCAAUCCAGAUCAAACACAACUCGUUCUAUGAUGAGGUCUAGAUUUUCCUUUUUACCUGGCUAUUGAUAUUGAGGGAUAAACCACAUUUAUCUUUCAUGUUAGACAUGUCAUUCAAAGCAACCCAUUUUAGAGUCAGUACACUAUAAUAUGUAUCACUGUUUUCCUAAAUCUCUUUUUUGCCUGAUAUUACAAGUAGCAUUUUAGUGAUGAAUUUUUAAGUAACUCAAUAUAUUUUUGUCAAUUUUUAUGUGUUUAUUUAUUUUUUACUUUGUUUUAUAGUAAGAUGAAGAUUAAGUACAGUAUGAGAUUUAGCUAAUGUGCCGAUUCAUGUGCCAGCUUUCAUUUUGCAGACUCCUUUGUAUUUU